AUGCCCAAGCCCAAGCAAUUCGCGCGGCCGCCGAAAAAGGCGAAGCUGAAGGCAGCCCCCGAAACGGCAGAUGACUUCCAGGAGGCGGCGGACAAGGAGGAAGAGGCCGGCGGCAAGCAUCGAGUCGGUGACCCGGCCAAGUCUGCACGUGCCUUCCUUCGUGCCUUGGAGCUCUACAACCAGGGCCUGAGCAGGCAUGCCACCAACUUCGAUCUGGCCUACAACAAGGCUCGACUGGAGUUGGAAAUCACGCAGCAGCCUGCUCUUGUGGAGCAUGUCGGCCUUCCCCUGAUCGAUUUGCUUCGACAGACGCUCGAUUCGCAUCGAUAUGCACUGCGACUGAAUGAAGAAAAUCCCGAUCUUCUCUUCAACACGUCACAGGUGUUGGUGAGUCUUGCAGAGCAGCUGUCCGAGGCCGGACAAGCCCCCCAGGCGAUUCCACUCUUUCAAGAGGCUCUGGAGUUGUUGUCGGCAUGUCUAUCUCGCCAAGAAAUGCUGCUGGAGCAGCAGAGGCUUGAGUUCGAACAAUUCGACGACGAUGGUGGUGUCCCGCUCGAUCCAGACGAGACGCCUGCAUCAAAUUCUGGCUCCGAGGCGGACGAACAAACUGCCCGGAUUGAAACGCCGGUCAGCGCAAACGAUCUGCUCGACACCGUACACGCCUCCGUAUCUGCUCUGACAACUCUCGUUCCGCUGGUGGACGAGUCAGCCUUGCAAACCUACGGCGACAUGGCCUACGCCUUGACCGAGAAACGAGCGCCGAGCUACGUCACUUUACUCCCCGAUGACCUUCAAGAAGCCGCUCGCGUUAUCCUGCUCCUCGACCGCGCCAUCUUCGUCGCUGCCUUUUCCGAUGCGCAGUACACUUUUGCCAUGAUCGAUUUAGCUACUUACGCUGAUCGUCUCAACGCAUUCGACGUGCCUAGCAAAGACCAAAACGCCCAUGCUCUGAGCGCACAAGCUGAAGCGAGAGUGGAGUUGGUGCAGUCGAUUCUCGAUCGUCAUCAGAGCUCGAUUGAGCUUCCUGCGGAGAUAUGCUGGAAACAACUAAACCUAGCCCAGGAGGCAAACACCAAGGCGACAAGACUCAACACCGAAGAUGCGAAGGAGCGCAAAGCAGGCAUUCUAGAAUCUCAGGGCGGCGCGGAAUUUCUUCGCCACCGUCUUGUCACCAUCCCGAAUGUGCCGCUCUCGGAGGGCAUCAAGCGAAGCGCUCGCACACUCAUACAAAACGCGCAGACGUAUUACAGAGGUGCUGCUCAAUUGGCAUGGGCGGAGGGUGAUGCGCAGCUCGCGGUGAAAGCUAAGCAGCGAUGGCUGAUAGCGUGUGACAUUGGGUCGGCCGUGUAUGGGGUUGCUCCCAAACAGACCGCAGCACCCUUUGAGGGCAACCCACGAGAUGCAAAGGGCGACGUGAUGCAGGCCCUCAAAGACUGUGUCGAUGAGGGCUUGAUCGCGGUGGAUCUGGGUGAGCGAAUUGCCCAGCGCAUUCUGCAGUGA